AUGGUGAGUAGCGCCUGGCUCUCAACAUUUGCAAAUUUUUCCUCUUCCCCCCCGGCUUGCAUGGUGGAAGCGUAGUUCGCAGCCAUCCGAUUUGCGUCAUUCCGCUGACCCUGCGUCCCCACGCUCCGCCCUCUCCCCGCUACCUCACCGCAGUCUGACGAUGAGGCUCACAACCAGAACUUCGAGACCGCCCACGCCGGCGCGUCUCUGACCUUCCCUAUGCAGUGCUCUGCUCUGCGUAAGAAUGGUCACGUCGUCAUCAAGGGACGUCCUUGCAAGGUGAGUGUCACCCACUCUCUGCUUGCGCGGGGCUAGCUCGGGUCGUCGUCUACCCUCUGCUUCGUGCCCUCUCUCAGCGCAGUAGUGCUGGCGCACCUUCCAGGGAGAGAGCGCUUCUGGACUUGGCGAUCGCGGGAGCCUUUGCACUUGAACAUUGGCAUUGCGCGUUUCAGGGAAGAGAAGGGGUUCUGAGGCACGACGAGGACCAUGCGAUUCCAAACAGCUCGCGCUCCUCCUCUCUUGCGUAUGCUAGUGCUUGCGUUGUUUCAUGCACGAUCAGCGAAUGCGACUGAGCCUCAACCGCUGAACCUUCCGAACGAGCCCUCGAAAUGCACCCUUUGGGACAUGCUGAACCUUGGCUCUUCACCCUGUCAUGCAGAUCAUUGACAUGUCUACUUCCAAGACCGGAAAGCACGGUCACGCCAAGGUCCACCUUGUCGCCACGGACAUCUUCACUGGCCGCAAGUACGAAGACAUUUCGCCCUCGACCCACAACAUGGACGUCCCUAACGUUGGUCGUCAGGAAUACACUCUGGUGAACAUUGGUGAGUGACGCGGUGAACCAAUGGGUAGUUGGCUGAAAAGGCUCGCAACGGGAAAUGUUCAGGCGCGGGGUGCUGCCCGAGCGGCACGAUAUGCGGCGCUGCGUGCUCCGCUCAGAAGACUGAAUACUUUGUUUGCGUGACAUGCAGACGAUGGCUUCCUCAACCUCAUGACUGGUGACGGAGGCUCCAAGGAUGACGUCAAGGUUCCCGAGGGUGCCAUCGGAGACGAGAUUACUGCCGGGUUCGAGGAAGGCAAGGACCUGGCCGUGACCAUCGUCAGCGCUAUGGGCGAGGAACAGGCCGUCUCUUACAAGGUCACCACCUAA